AUGGGAGAGGGAGGUGGCGGUCGUCGCCACCAUCUGACUCUCGAGUCUGGAGAGCAUUUACUUCGAUUGUAUGCAUACAAAUCAAGUCCUCUCAGAACGGGUUUGUUUUACUUUCUUUCAAUAGCAACUUUUGGAAUAUUUCGCUUGGUUCUGCACUGGAAGCAAAAAUGGCAUAUAGCAUUUCGUGCUACUCGUUCAACUUUCGCGUUUGCCGACUUUAUCUAUAUAAUAGACGACCAUGAUGUAGAGGAAUUUCACCCUAUCGAGACGACGCGAAGGAGCUUCAGAGCACCUCCACUUGUUGUCCCUGGAGAAGACGGGUCUAUGCGCGAAGUGGACGAAAUUCGGUGGUUUGUAUAUCGUAGGCUGCAUUAUAUAUGGGUUGAAAGGGAGAAGAAGGUUUAUGACGAUAACGAUGAGAGGGAAGGUGAAUGGAUUACGCCUGGUGAUGUAAUGAGUCAGUCGCCUCCGCAUAUCUUCCAUGAAGCCAUUUCAAAAGGAACCGGUUUUAAUGAACAUCAGGUUUCUCAACGUCUUGCUACAUACGGGUUAAAUUCUAUAGAAAUAAAUCUUCGACCUGUGCCUGUUCUUUUAUUCAUGGAAGCAAUCUCACCAUUUUAUAUUUUUCAAAUAUUCAGGUGCGUUUUCCGAAUGUAG